UAUUUUCGAUGCAGGUAGAAAUAUUAUAAAUAAUGAAUAGAGAUAUACAGUUAAUAACUUUAGUGGAAAGAUUUCCACAUUUAUAUGAUAAGACAAAUAAAAAAUAUAAAGAUCGGAUGGCAAUAGAGAAUUCCUGGUCAUUUAUAAGCGGAGAAAUACAAAUACCAAUCGCUGAUUGUAUUGCUCGAUGGUCGUCGUUACGUAACAGAUUUUCCAAAGAAAGAGCUAAAAAAAUACCCUCAGGAUCAGCUACGCAAACGGAAUGGCCAUUAAUGAAACAUUUAGCAUUCUUACACUCUGUAGUGAAAAAACGACGAACAUUUGGGAAUAUUGCAAUAGAAGACGAAUCAAACUCCUCUUUGGAAUUACAGAAUUUUGAUCCUUAUGAAGAAAAUAGACUGUCCAAUGAAAAUAAUGACUCUAUGCAAUACAUCGAUUAUGAGUAUUUAGACAAUGAGACAGGUACUUGCACCGAUGAUGUACCUAGCACGGAGGAAUCUUUACAAUCUUUGUCAGAUAUUUUAAGUGAAAAUACAUUAGCGUUUGUUAGACAACAAACAAAAUCCAAAGCACUCAACACAUCUACACUACAAAAGCCAAUAACAUCGAACACAUCUACACAAAGACUCAUAUCAUUAAAUCCAUCUACACAAA